GCUCAUGACGCAACCUCAUGUUGCUGUCCUUGAAGAACACUUGUGACGUGGGUUCGAUUCCGUUCAGCAUCGGCUAAGGUACAUUUUUCUUACUGUAAAGUGGUACGUUCCCAUAGUUAGCCAAGUUAUCGUCAAAGAGGUACAUUGGAGACUAGAACAGACUGAGCGGCACAUACCCAUUGCGCCAAGUGGCGUUAAAGUGUUUAUUCGAACAGCUACCGUAGUACAGCGGUGCCAACCAGUCCCGCAUCUACAGUCACCCAUGUCGGCAUGAAAUAUAUUCGUUGAAGUGCGGCACGUAUGUACGCAAUGGCGUAUACUCAGUGACCGAAGUUGGUCCGGUGCUUGGUUUCGAACCCUGUCAGCUCGGCACAGAAGCCCGAUGCGUUAGCCAUUCGACCACGAACUAGCCAGUGACGCACAUAGGUGGGAAAACGGUUAGAUACAUUGAUACAAACAUGCAUAGCUAGAUACAUAGCUCUCGGAAAGUGCGUGAAGUACCCUAAGAAUUCCAGCACAUUAAAACAAGAAAUCAGCAUCCACCGUGUCCGAUAGUUUUUCUUUUUUUUAGCUUUUAUUUUUGCAACAAUGCCUUCACGAUGCUUGCGCCUCAAAGAACUUGAGAAUAAGUCGGCGUGCGCGGUGAAUGCCCGCUGUUGUCGCAGUAAUCGAGUUCAGUGAUCGAGAAAUUCAUGAAGCCCGCGAUUUCUUUCUUUAAGACUGUUUUUACUGGACCGGACAUUCCUUCGUGGCUCGAGUGCUGUUCUCACAAAUACAUUACUUCAGACGAUAGCAUGCAUGAUCUCUUCCUGUCGGUGUUUCACGCAGCUAUCGGUGACGAAAUCGAAAUCAGUCUGCCAUGCCUUCAUCGAAGAAGCCCACAGAAGAAGAAACGGGCAACAAAGACCUAGAAGAGACGUGCAAGCCCGGACCUGCGUACACGAAUGUCUACAGAGAUUUCGAAGGUCUGUACCUCUGCUAUAGUUUCACGGAUCGAAACAUGCGCUCUGCUCUGUCCUACAAACCACUCGAUGGGGACGUCUUUGUAGUGAGCUACCCGAAGUGUGGUACAACAUGGAUGCAAUACAUUGUUUACGGCAUAUUCCGCGACGGUGUGCCCCCUGCGAACCUCACGGAGUUCAUGAGCAUGUCUCCGUUCUUGGAGCUUGUGGGAGCCGAGAGCGCACAGGCUAUGCCACGACCAAAUGCCAUCAAGACUCACCUGCCGUUCAACAAGCAGCCUUACUCGGCCAAGGCCAAGUACGUCUACAUUACCCGCAACCCUUACGACUGCUGCGUGUCGUACUACUAUCACACGAGGGACAUUCCAAUGUACCGCUUCGAGGACGGCACGUUCGACCAGUUCUUCGACAUGUUCGUCGAAGGGAAAGUGGAGUUCGGCGACUACUUCGACCACCUCUUGUCCUGGUACGAACAUCGAGGGGACAGCAACGUGCUUUUUGUCACUUACGAAGACCUCAAGAAGGACACUCGCGGUUGGGUGCUCAAGAUAGCCGACUUCCUUGGUAAGGAGUACGGAGACAAGUUGAGGCAGAGCCCAGAUAUCUUCGAGAGGAUUAUGGCUUCGACUAGCGUCGACUCCAUGAAGAAGAUUAACGCCGAGAUGAACGACUGGAGCAAGGAUUUGGCCAGCGUUCCCCUGGAGACGCUGCCUGAAGGGGUGAAGUCUUUUGUGGAAGCCAUGGGGAAUAUGCUGGAGAAGCCAUUCAAGGGAGAGUUCGUGAGGAAAGGCAUCGUGGGGGACUGGCAGAACCACCUUUCCCCGGGGCAGGUCGCGAGAAUGAAAGAACGAAUCGCACUCAAGACCGCCGGCAGUGAUGUCAUGGAGCUGUGGAAAGACGUGGGCCUGCCCUAAAUAUAAGUACAAGUUGGCGAUUUUGCCUUCUGGGGGACGAAACCUCUGCAGCACGACGAGAUUGGUCAUCUAUGCCUUCUUUCCUCGAUAGAGCAUGCAGUAGCUGGCUAUUAAAGAAACCUAAUCUUCCGCAUUUGCGAGUUCUUAA